CCUCCUAUCCUGGUAUGGGUGGUCAGAGGGCAACUCCAUUUAUCACACUUGUUUCUAACACCUCUGGUUCGAUUAUGAAUUCUUCUGAUUUCCUAUUGAGGACCACUGUACUUCCUUCAAGCACAGGGAUGGUAACCAUCAGUACCCUACACCUGACUCCUACAUCACCCAGUGUGAAUAGGACAUUAGAUGAUGAAAUACAUGCUGUUACACCAUAUGACUAUGGUGAUUACUUUGAAAGUAUGGAUCCAUCUGCAUUCUCUCCCUGUGCUUUUGGAGAUCAUGCAUCAAGCAUCCUCCCCAUCUUAUACGCCCUGUUUUUCAUGGUGGGUUUUCUGGGUAACAUGCUGGUGGUCUGGGUGCUCUUGAUGGGUGUGAAGAUGAGAAGUAUGACAGACGUCUGUCUCCUGAACCUGGCUUUAGCUGACCUGCUGCUGGUCUCCUCCCUCCCCUUCCUGGCACACUAUGCCACACACCAGUGGAUCUUUGGAGGGUUCAUGUGCACUAUUGUCCUCAGCGCCUACCACAUUGGAUUCUACAGUGGGAUUUUCUUCAUUGUACUCAUGAGUGUUGAUAGAUACUUAGCUGUAGUUCAUGCUGUGUUUGCUUUGAGAGUAAGAACCAGAACAUAUGGGAUCUUAGCCAGUGUGGUCAUCUGGAUCUUUGCUGUUUUAUCAUCCUUUCCGGAGCUGAUGUACCUGAAAAUCAGUUAUUACAAUAAAACAGAAACACUCUGUACAGCUUAUCCCACAGAUGAUACAAAUUCUAACCAUUCUUCAAAGACUUUUGGUAUCUUUAAGAUGAACAUUUUAGGCUUAAUUCUCCCACUCAUUGUAACUGGAUUUAGUUACUCAAUGAUUCUGAACAGACUCCACACAGCUCGUUCUUCCAGAAAGCAUGCUGUGCGCCUUGUCAUCAUGGUGAUGGUUGUCUUCUUCAUCUGUUGGGCUCCGUACAAUGUUGCAGCUUUUGUGAAAGCUUUAGAGCUUAAAAAUCUCAUUGGACACUCAUGUGAAAACAGCAAAAGAAUCACUCUUAGUCUGCAGUUUACAGAGGCUGUGGCUUACUUACACAGUUGUCUGAAUCCCAUUCUCUAUGUGUUUGUGGGAGAGAAGUUUAGAAGGCAUCUAUUCAGACUUCUGUACAAGACACCCUGCAGCAGACUACGGUUCAUGAAGAGUUACUUUACACAGGCCACAGGUUCUGUUUAUUCACAGACCACAAGUCUGGAGGAAAAAGCUUCAACGGCAGUGUGAAUGGAAAAUAAUCAGGGUAGGGAGUACAGACAAAUAACCAUCAAGUAAGGAUUGAUUUGCAUGGUGCAGCACAGUGUACUUUAGCAAUUAUUUAUGGCCUGGUCUCUGCUCUAAUGAAAUCACAACAUGUGAUCAGCAAUGUGAUCACAUGUGCCCCAUUUCUAAUAUACGUAAAUCUACAGUUACAAUUUUGCUUGGUUAAUUAAAGGAGCACCUAGUAAAAUGCAUACAUAUGUUGCACCAGCAUGUUCAAACUUUUACUAUUUCUUUCUGCUAAAAAUUUUAAGAAUGAAAAAAUGUUUUACAAAAAAAGUAACAGAGAACCUUUCCAAAAAUUUUAUGUGGGCAGGUUUUGAACAUGGGAAUGCUCGCAAU